AUGUCUCAAAGACCAAGCCAGUCGAAAAUCUUGCAGCGUCAGAAGCAGAUCGAUUAUGGAAAAAAUACAGUCGGAUAUGAAAAGUAUUUAAAGCUUGUUCCUAGGUCUAAGCGUGGUCCAACCGAUCCCAAGACCCCUAAUAUUUAUAUUUCUAAUUCUAAAAGAGCUUUCGAUGGAAUAGUCAAAAAAUGGCGUCGCGAGCUUCAUAGAUAUGAUAGAGAAAAUGUUGGGAACUUUCUGGUUAACAAUUCUGAAGAAUGUGCUAUGGCAUAUAGUCCAGAGGCAUCCCACGUGCGUAGAGUUUGUUGCGUAUGUAUCAGCCGCAUUGAAAAAAUAGAAUAUAAUUCCUGUCAGAAAGUGCUAGGAGUUCCAGGCAAAGAAAGUUGGGAAAGUCUUGGAAGCGUUCAAAUGAUGAUACUGUAG